CGGCGGCAAAGUGUGUUGCAACGCAUGGUAAGCAGAGACCUACUUCUCGCAGAAGUCAGCCAAGCGAAGCAAGGACACGGGAGCCAAACUCGUAUGUGAAAGUCGAGUUUGCACCAUCGAUGCAAAUUUUGUUGGAUGAAAAUGAAUUCAUGAAAGCACAAUCAGAGCAAGGAAUGAUACAAUGCCGACACUGGGCGUGCGGCGUUAAGUAACAAUCGUGCCAUAUUUUGCGAGGAAUGCUAUCUCAUCUUGUGCGCAAAUGUUUCAUUGGGGAAAGUGGAAGAAGAGGAUGGGGGCUAGUGCCUCUGCCAAAAGGCCAGUGUUCGAUGAUAAGGAAGAUGUGAAUUUUGACCAUUUUCAAAUUCUCCGUGCCAUUGGGAAAGGGAGCUUUGGAAAGGUAUGCAUUGUUCAGAAGAAGGACACAGAGAAGAUGUAUGCCAUGAAGUAUAUGAACAAACACCAGUGCAUAGAGCGAGAUGAGGUCCGAAACGUCUUUAGAGAGCUAGAGAUCCUACAGGAAAUUGAACAUGUUUUUUUAGUAAAUCUCUGGUACUCAUUUCAAGAUGAAGAAGAUAUGUUCAUGGUGGUGGAUUUACUGCUGGGUGGGGAUUUGCGCUACCAUCUGCAGCAGAAUGUGCAGUUCAGUGAGGAUGCAGUGAAGGUCUACCUCUGUGAGAUGACACUAGCCCUUGAUUAUCUGCAGAGCCAACACAUCAUCCACAGGGAUAUCAAACCUGAUAAUAUCCUACUGGAUGAACAAGGGCAUGCUCAUUUAACAGAUUUCAACAUUGCUACUAUCAUCAAAGAUGAAGAAAGAGCUACAGCUUUAGCUGGAACCAAGCCCUACAUGGCCCCUGAGAUCUUCAGGUCUUUUGUGAGUGGAGGGACUGGCUACGCCUUUGAAGUAGACUGGUGGUCUCUAGGUGUGACAGCCUUUGAGGUUCUCAGAGGAUGGAGACCUUAUGAAAUCCAUGCCAGUGAUUCAGUGGAGUCUCUAAUGCAGCUCUUUAGUACGGUUAGUGUGCAGUACUGUCCAACCUGGCCAAAGGACUUGGUGUCAUUGCUGAGGAAGCUGCUGACUGUGAACCCUGAACAUCGCUUCUCUAGCCUGGCCCAAAUGCAGACUGCCCCCUACCUCUCAGAUAUAGACUGGGAUGCUAUCUGCGAGAAGAAAGUGGAUGCUGGCUUUGUUCCUAAUAAAGGUCGCCUGCAUUGUGAUCCAACCUUUGAACUUGAAGAGAUGAUUCUGGAGUCGAGACCUCUUCAUAAGAAGAAAAAGCGUCUGGCUAAAAACAGAUCAAGGGACAACAGCAAAGACUCGCAAUCAGAGAGUGACUACCUUCAGGAGUGCCUUGAAGUUGUGCAGCAAGAAUUUGUGAUCUUCAAUCGGGAGAAGCUGAAGAAGAGGCAAGAGGAUCUGUCAGAAAGUGGACCAGAAGGUGAAGCUGAUGGAAAUGAUUAUGUAGAUGUGGGAGCCACAGAGGAUGAAGAGACAGAACUGGAACCUGAGGCAGAGACCUCCAAACUCAACAUUUGUGGAUCUGUUUGUUCCUCUACUGGUAGCUGCUAGCACCCUGCACAGUUCACCACCCAGCCUUCCAAUCAUGUGUUUUCUAUGCCUGAAGCACUCCUACCAAUUUCUCAGUAGACAAACUGUAGAGUAUAGAGUGCACUAACAUAACAUGUCCUAUCUCAGUAGCAUUAUCAUGUUAUGGCGGAAACCCACACUGACCAUUUAUAGCAGUAUGCUUGAAUUUCUAUGCAAUACAGUUUGAUGUAUAUUCAAAAAUAGUAUAAAGUGCUAUGCAGGAUACCAACACCUGGGCAGCAUGACAUAUUAUGGUGUAGUGCCAUGCAGCUUUAGGUUUAAAGAAUGAGGUCCUGUUUUUUAUAAAGGCAUGGCAGUUCAAUUAUUAAACUGUUGAACAGUUUUUUUGCAGUGAUAGCCUAGUAUUAGUGUGUCAAUAUUGAUUUCCUGCUUUUUUGCAUUGUAAUUGGAUGUAUUUUUAUCAAAAUCUAAUACAUGUUUGUAAAGGGGUCACAUACUAAGCAAUAUUGAGACAGACAUUUCAAUUAUGUGACCUGCAUGAGGUCCACCUUGCAUCUGAACAAUGCACUUUCUUUGCAGUCACUGUGUGCAGUCCCAAUGUUUUCUUUUUCUUUAUUUUUUUAAAUGAUCAAUGUUUUAAUCUCAAGUCUGUGCAAGCUCAGUGUAGAUGGGAGAGAUUUGCACUCCUGACAGUAUUGUAGCUUAUAUAGUUGUCUGCUUUUUCUAUAAGAAUUUGAUAGGAAUAUUGUUGAGAUAUGCAUGUAACCACUAUACAUACAUAGGCUUUGUUUGGAUAUAUGGAGGCCCUAAGAUGCUAAAUGUUAACAUUAAAUU